UCCCUCCCCCAGUGAGACCCUCCCACUCCAUGCUGGAUGUGGUGUCCAGGCAUGCGGGCCCUGGGCUCCCUGGUUCGGGCUGUGUUCAGCAGGUGGAGUUCCUACAAGUAUCGCUUUGUGCCCUGGGUGGCCCUGAACAUGGCUCGCAACCGCAGGACAGUGCGUUACGUUCCUGAAGGCUGCAAUGACAAGAUGGUUUCUGAUACAGCAGUUUAUACCACACUGUCAAAUGUAUUCCAGGCUCUGUUUAUUGGAGAUUUACACAGACAUAGCGACCUUCUUAAUAUACUUCCUGAAGCUACUAAAUCCAUGUACAGGCAUUCGAUGGCUAAGGAGACCCAGACAUUCUCUUGUUCUCGCGAGAAUAACCAUCUGAGGGCAGAAGACAUAGUAUAUAAUUCUCUGGGAUUUUGCAUUGUGCGGGGUCCAAGUACACUGAGGUCUGCUGGAGCUGGGGUGUUUGUUUGCAAGGGAAGAGUGCAGAAAGGAGCAGUCGUGUCCAUGUACCCUGGUACAGUCUAUCAGAAUUACGAACCUAUAUUUUUUCAAUCUAUUGGAAACCCAUUUAUUUUUAGGUGUCUUGAUGGUACUUUUAUUGACGGAAAUAAUAAAGGAAUCUCUAAGACUGUGUACAGGUCCUGCAGUAGAAGAGAUCAGCUUGGACCUUUGAAGUUUUGUGAUGUCACUUGGUUGACACAAUGUCCCUAUAAUCCUUUGGCUGUUGGACAAUAUGUAAAUAACUGCUCAAAUGAGUAUGCUGCCAAUGUAUGUUAUCAGGAAUUCAAUGUGCCGGCAUCAUUUCCGGUUGAAUUAAGGCAGUAUCUUCCAAAUAUUAACUACUCUCACGACAUAGAAGGACCAUUAAGAUGCGUUGUUCUAAUUGCCCUCAAAGACAUAGACUGUGGAGAAGAGCUUUUUUCUAAUUAUUUCACAUUUGUUCGAUAAGUUCAAUCUAUUGAGGACAAAUGAGACCUUAACUUAAUGAGCUGCCUUUG